AUGGAAAUUAAAUAUGCGAUCGUCGGCGACGGAGCUGUCGCAAAGGGCAACCGAUUGGUGAGCCCAGAAAACAAGAAGGUAUACCGCGAUUACCUGAAGAAAGCGAUGAUCGAAGGAAAGAGUCGGCAAAUUCACGCCCUUUGGUGCCCAAACAGUGAGGAGCACUUCAACAGUCUUUGGCCCACACUAACAGUCUCUCAACCGGACGUGAUUUUCAUAUGGUUUUGGCUCAGAAAUCCGGCCUCAUUUGAGAACGUGAGGGCAAAGUGGUAUCCGGAAGUCUCACAUCACUGUCCAAAUACACCAAUUAUUCUGGUGGGCACUGAAUUGGAUGUGAGCGACGACUCGAAGGAGAAGCUGGACCGCAAACUGGCGCCCAUAACGUACUCGCAGGGGCUGGCGAUGGCCAAAGAAAUCGGUGCCGUUAAAUACCUGGAGUGUCCAAUACUAGCACUCGAAUGCAUGAAGAAUGUGUUCGGUGAGGCCGUUCGGGUCGUAUACCCGCAACCGAAGCCGAAGCGCAAGCAGUGUUUGUGUGCUCUGAUGUAA